UAUGCACUUGGCAUUAUGCCUACUAACCCUAUUUUCGCAGCAGUUCGCAGCGAGUCCCAUUUUUCAACUUGCAUGCGGAUACACACGCACACACACACUCGGAUUUUCCUUUUCCCAGAAACUGAGGCGCAACCCCCACGAAACGGAAAGUUUGUGCAGCGGCAGAACGAACUGUGUUUGUGGCACUCGAAUUUGGGACACAUUCCUGUAAAGGACGCAGCUCCGGUCAGCUGCUUCUCAAAAUCGACAAAAAGGAGUCACAAAAAACGCGCGCGGUGCAUUUGGCCACAAAUCUCUGAAAGUGAAAAUACAAAUAUUGAAACAGUGAAAUCCACACCACAACCAAAAGUGAAAUAAACUGAAAACAGUGCUAAAUUAAUACAGAAGCUAAGGGAUAGAAGUCCGUUUAGGAAAAGGGAAAGCUGCAGCGCUGCUCCUGUUUGCCAAAUAUUGAUUCGCAAGUGUGCCGCUGAAAAAUCGAUUAUUAAAGCCACUUUCCACACAGCUGGUGGUUGUUGUUGCUGCGAGGAUGGAGGUGGUGCUCGGGGUGGUGGUUGCAUAGGGUUGCGUGCCGCGAUGUGGGAAAUCCACAGCAACAUUGGCACAUCCAGAUCCAGAGGCACACUUCCAACUGUUUUGACGUGGUCGGGUUCCAAUGGCGCUGGCACUACCGAAUGCUGCAGCGCAGCCUUGCAGCCAUCCAGCGGCGACGCGUUGCAUGUGCAGCAGCAGCAGCAGCAGCAGCAGCAACAGCAGCAACAUCAGCAGCAGCAACAACAGCAGCAACAACAGCAGCAGCAGGAUACGAAAACGAGGAACACAACCACAGGCAAACGCGGAGGACACAGAUACAGAAGCAGGCUCAAUCACCGAGGCACAGCAACAAUUGCUGCAUAUUAGGCAGUAAAGUAAAG